AAGUCAUGCUGCUUGUGGACUGGGUAGCCAUCACGGCUGUCUGCGUUGGAAUAGCAGGUGUUUCUGGUGACAAAAUCAUCGAUGGCACUGAAGCCAAAGCCCACAGUCGACCAUACAUGGCGUACUUGGAGAUACACAUAAACAAUAAAAUAUAUUGCUAUGGAGGGACCCUCAUUCACCCAGAAUUCAUCCUGAGUGCAGCUCACUGCCAAGGAGAGAGUAUCAUGGCUCUCCUGGGGGCUCAUGAUCUAUCAAAACGUAAUCGCUCCUGGCAGGUGAUACCUGUGAUGGACAUCCUUCCUCAUGAAAAUUAUAAUAAUGCAACACAAGCAAAUGACAUCAUGCUCCUGAAGCUGAAGCGAACCGCCAGAAUCACAAAUGAAGUUCAAACCAUCAGCAUUGCAAAGAGCAAUGAGGUCUUCAAAAUUGAUACCCUCUGUUCUGUGGCAGGAUGGGGAACCACUGUCACCAAAGGGCCAAUCAGCCACGUCCUGAGAGAGGUGGAUGGGAAGAUCCAGGCAAACUGUCCCUCUGAUUCACAGAUCUGCGCCAGGGGCCCUGGCAGUAAGGGGACCUGUAAUGGAGAUUCAGGAAGUCCACUGAUAUGUUCAGAUAGCAAGAACAGUCCUAGAGCUGUGGGACUUGUGUCUUAUCGUGAUAGAAAAACCUGUGAAGAUGUCCAUCGGAGAAACGUGUACACAAAGGUGUCCGCAUACCAAGACUGGAUCGAAAACAAAAUCAAAUCCCUCUCUUCUGACUGAUGUCUCUUCUACAGCCAGGAUGACACCAUCAGCCUUUGCCUCAAGUUGCACUUUAUUGUUUGUACU